AUGACAGAUAACAGUAAUCUGCUGAUCGCCAAUAAUAAAAUAGCACCAAUAACAAAUACCAAGGGGACUUCUAUUCAAAUACCCACUAGCAAUCGGAAGGCUUGUGGUUUAGAUUGGGCUGAAUCAUCCUGGAUACGAUGGAUUUAUGUCGUAUUUUGGUGGUGGUUAAAUCCAAUUUUAAAUAUUGGUUAUAAACGUCAACUAACUGAAAAUGAUUUGUUUGAUGUAUCAUCAAAUGAUGAAUGUAGUCAGUUAUUGAAUAAACUUGAAAGAGUAUGGGAAAAAAAUGAAAAUAAGUAUGAAUAUAUUAAUAUAUGGAAAAUAAUCGUAAAAACAUUUUGGAAAGAGAGUCUAAUAGGCGGUCUAAUUUUACUUCCAUAUAUUGGUACCAAAAUAGCUCAACCUCUAUUUUAA